AUGAUUGUGGGCCCAGUGAUUACUGACUCUGGAUGUGGGGCAGGGACUGAGGGGUUCAUAAGCCUUGUGUCUGAAAAGGCUCCAUGCCAGAUAGACUUUCUCUACUCCCAGGGCCUACCACUUCUGCACCAUGUGGCUCUCCUUGACUGCCUGUGGAAGCAGAAGUCAGAAGAGGAGGAGGAGGAAGAGGAGGAGGAGGAAGAGGAUGCAUCUUUGGGUCCAUUGAAUUCAUAUUCUGCUCCCAAAGAAGUUCCCAUUGGAGAACAAAUCACCAUAGCCCCACCUCAGCCAUCCUGUAGUUCUGAGGGCUUCCUCAAGGCAUCAGGUAUACCAGAGCAAAUAUUCACACAGCCUGUAAACCCUUCCAGAUCCUUCCCUACCUUCCAGAUCCUGACCAACCUACCUGUGAGGCACAAGACAGCAUCAGGAAGCUGCCUGCAGCAGAGAAAAAGCCAGCUUUUCUGGGGUCUCCCCUCUCUGCACAGCGAAUUCUUAGAGGCCACCCAAAAAUUAUCCGUUGAUUCUUCUAUCUUCUUCAACAAGUUUGCCUUUCUGCCUAAGCCCAAUCUACUGCUUUCCCAGUACUGCCCCUCAACCACCCAGCUUUCUACCCAUCGAGUCCAUACUAUGGAAGAUCUGGGAGUGCUGCCCCCUGAGCCUCAGUUACCUUCCCCUACAUGUUCUCCUCCUGUCCUAUCCCUAGCCCUCCAUCUUAAGCCCUUUCCUACAGGUCACGAAGGAGUCCUAUCUGGCACUGAGGCAUAUCCACGGUUGCUUAAGCAACAGAGAGAUGCCCCUGUGGUCCCUAAGGACCAAGCCCUGCACCCUCAGCCUGAACUCCAAAGAACCAGCCCCUCUAAGCUCCUCUCUUCAUCUGAGACCUGGUGGGGGGUGCUAUGGGAUCCCAGCCUUCAUCACCUCAUUCCAAAUUCACACUCUGCCUCUCUGCUGUAUCCUUCUAGUCUUCUGGGAGUCCUUACUAGGUUUGAGCCCCCAUGGAGAACUACGGGGCAAAAUGAGGACCCCAAAUCUUCUGGGCCAGCAAUGUCAGCCCCUAGCCCAACCCCAGCCUCCCUGCCAGAACUCCAGGGAGUCAACCCUGCAGGAGACCUGUCUGGAUCUGAGGCCCUCUGGGAAGCCAUGGGGCAAAAAGAGGACCCUCAGAUCGCUAACACUCUAGCCCUAAGCCCUUACCAACCCUUAGCCCCCAUGACAGAGCCUCAAGGAACAAGUCCCCUGGGAGUUCCACUUGGAUAUGAGACUCAAUGGAGAACCACAAAACAUAAAGACAGCCUCCAAGCUUCUGAGCCCCCAAUGCCAGCCCCCUGCCAGUCCACAGAUUCUCUCUCAGAACACCAGAAAGUCAACCCUGAAGAAGGGCUUUCUUCACUUAAGGCUUUCUGGGGAACCAUGGGGCAAAAAGAGAAUCCUCAAACCUCUGAGUUUUCAGUGCCAGUCCUCUGUCUUUCCCCAGCCGCCAGGACAGAACUCCAUGGAGACAGCACCCUGCGAGAGUCAUCUGGAUAUGAGGCCCAGUUGGGAUGCAGAAAGAACUCAGAAAACCCCUGGGCUUUUGAGCCCACAGACUUGGACCUAAACCCAUGCUCAGUUUCUCUGCCAGGGAUGUGUGUCCCAUCAGGGUCUGAGGAUCCAUGGAAGGACAUACAGAGAAGAGAAAAUCUUUGGGUCUCUGCAGACCCAGUUUCACCUCUCAGCCUUCCCUCAACUUCUCUGCUGAAGUCCAUAGGAAUAGGCCCCCAAGGAGUCCUGCCUGAGUUCAAAGCUUUGCGGGAGACCAUGGGGCAGAGAAAGAACCUCUGGGCCUCUAAGUCUCCAGGCUCAGCACACAGCCCACCUCUAGCUCCCCUUCCAAAGUCCCAGGGAAUUAAUCCUGUGGGAGGCCUCCCAGGAUCAGAAGCUGCAUGGAAUGACAUUGAACAUUCCAGAAAUUUCUGGGCUGCUGAGCCUCCAUCUCUGGUCCUCAGCCCACCCCCAGCUCUUAUACUGGAGUCUUUCAAAGUAAGCCCCAUUGGGGUCCUGUUUGAUUCUGAGGCUAUAUGUGGGGACACACAAAGGAGAAAGAACUCCUGGGCCUGUGAGCUUCUAGCUUGCAGCUUACACCAAGACCCAUAUGAAGCCAGCCCCCAGGGAAUGCUGUCAGAUUCUGGACAUGUUAGGGGGGUCAUGGAACAGAAAAAGAACUGUCGUGUUCCUGUGCCUCCAGUUAGGGGCCCCAGUCCAACCCCAAACUCUGUGUCAAAAUCCCACAUAAUCAAUCCUAUUGGAGAUCAAUGGGACUAUAAGCCUGAGGAGGAAGUGGUAGUGCAGAGAGAAAACUGCUGGGCUGAGCUUCCAGCCUCAGGCCCCAGCUCUCUCUCUGCCCCUCCACCAGAGCUGCACAUUGACUCCGAAUUUGUGUGGAGAAAUGUGCAGCAAAGAGAGGUCCCCCAGUGCUCCAGCCCUCCAGCAGUGGACCCCCUACAGCCAAGGUUCUGGCCUCCUACUUUAGCUGAAACUAUGAAGAUUAAGCUCACUCAGCCUGACCUACUCAAGGGAGAGAUAUUCCCAGGGGCUAAGGGACAGACUCCACUCUCCCAGGAAGAGACUGUUCCAGAUAUGCCCACCCACCCUGGGGUUCAGGCCUGGCACUGGAGUAGAGAGCUGGAACUCAGGUUGAAAAACCUGCAGCAGAGCUCUGCUUCCAGACCCCCUGAUCUAGGUCGACCAUUUUGCAGCUCUCCUACCCCUAGCUCUACGACUCUAGGCUCCUGGGAAUCCUCUUCCUACCCCCCACAGCAGACUCAUCCUCCCAACCCGUGCCCCUACUCUUCAAGUUGCUGUUUCCAAAAAGCUCAGGGCAUAGUACCUCAGCCUGCCCAGGUCUCCCACUGUCAUCACCCCCACUCCUCUUCCCAGCCUCAUUCACAAGGGUCUGGCAGGUCGAAACAAAGGUCUCAGAGAGAAGAGAGUGUAAAGAGGAAGAUGGUAGCCAAGGUCCUCUCCCAGGAGUCAUGUGUUCACUUGGAGGCUGGUGACAAGUGCUCAGGCCUAGAAGAGCCCUCAAACCCUAAGGUUCCAGCUUCAGGCAAGAGGCAGGACAAAGUUUCAGACCUACCUUCAGCCAAAAAUAGAAAGUAUCCCAAGAAAUACAGAUCAGGAGACCACAGAGGAGGGGAUGCACGACUGGGGUCAUCCACAGUCACAGCAAAGAGCCAACUUGCCCAGGCCCAAAGACUGGUGGAGGCCCCUGAAAGCAGACCUUCCCAAAGAUCUCAGCACAGGGGCCAGAGCUCUAUACACACCGCUCUCCCCCAGCAGCUUCUCCCCAAGACUGGGGUUCUCCAGAAUCAGCAUGGGACAGGGAUGGGAGCUGGUGACAUGCCGAACACUCAGCACUGUAAGCACUUUAAGAAGCGUCUCUCCUCCCCAACACCUCAGACUCCAGUUGUCAGGGGUCUCCAAAGAAUGUUAGCCAAGUUGCUGGGUACCCUUGGGCCCCAGCCUACCAAAUCCAAUCAGCAGAGGAAAUGCUGGUAG